AUGUCUGUGAACAGCAACAGAGAAUUACACCAGAACGAUGCUCCACUGCAGCAGGGACAUACUAUACCUGAAAGAAUGGAGAGCUUUGGUGAUAAUGCUGUGACAAUGAAUGGAGACUUGGAGGAAGGAACACAGGGUCAGUUGUUCAUCUGUCAUCAGGAGGAAGAGGCAAAUCCCCUGAGACAGAGGGAGAGGAAAAGAAGUGUUCACAACUCCAUGGAGAAGAAAAGGAAGGAGAAAAUCCGGUAUUUUAUUAACAAGAUCGGAGAACUCCUCCCACCUGUUGACAGCGCGGAGAAAGAAAAAAUUGGAAGGUCUGAGAUUGCAGCUAUAAAAAGGGAGAGAGAUCGAUAUGCUGAUCAGUUACGAAAAGGAGGUGGAACAUAUGUUGAGACAGCAAGCCAGUGGGGACAGAAAGUGAGUGUACCUGAUGCCUCCGACCCCUCUAAUGGAGCAGCCACACCCCAUAACGGCUUAGGGGGCCAGGAGGCAGGUUCUGAACCCCAACCCUCCUCUCCUGCCCCAAUUGCUGAAAAUGCUGACAACAAACCAAAAGGCAACAAAAAAAAGCGUAAUACAAUCAGUCUCCAGCUGGAAAUUAAAAAACAACAACAACAACAACAGUCAUUAGAGAUGUCUACACAAGGCAUGAUGGGAAAUUUUGGAAAUGUUGCAAUGAACAAUAUGAUGAUGAAUCAAAUGAUGUUUGGAAACAGCCAGAUGAUGAUGCAGCAGCACAUGAUGGGGGUCGGAUCUCAAGGUCAAGGUCAAACUACUGAUUCAAAUGCUGCUGAGAUGGCUGGAGCUGGUCUCAUACAGCUGGCCAUGCAGGAUGCAGGGAUCACUCCAAGUACAAGUGUAUCAUCCGAUGAAAAUGUUACCUCGACAACAACUCAAACGAGUUCAGAGUCGAUGACCACUGCAAGCGAUAACUCUGCACUUGAAACACUUGCUUCCAUAGCAACAGUUCCACAGACAGCAGGGGCUGUAGGUUCCUCCGCACCGGUCAGUCAGGCUGCAGUGUCACCGCUUGUCUCACAGAGUGGCUCGGCCAUGACUGCCACAACACAAGCUAUUAAUUCAAACAUGCCUAUCAUGGCCACCGGACAAAGUGGCAUAGGACAGAUGCCACCAAACAAUAACAUGAUGAAUGUUCCAUUUGGUGGCCAACAGCAAUUCCCGCCAGGCAUUCUACAAGGACAGCAGGGAGGUUUCAAUGCGGGCAUUCCUGCCCCACAACAGCAGAUUAUGUUCAUCAAUGAGCAGGGCGUUCCCUGUAUUGCUAAUGUGCCUCUGGGAAUAGACCCAAACACACUGGGUAUUCCAAACUUUCAGAAACAAGUUGUGGGAAUGGACAAACCUGGAAAUAUUGGACUCCAAGGAUUUGGAAAUGUGAUGGUCCAGAAGGACCAGGGGAUAACUACAGAUCAAACGCUCAUCGCUAAUAUGAAUCUCCAAAGUCAGCAGACGUUCCAGCAGACCCAGGGGGCCGUUGCUAUGGGUACGCCUGGUAUGGUUCAGCCACAGAUGCCAUUAGGACAACAGGUGAUGCAACCAAUGCAUCAGUUGACUGGUGGACUUAAUAACCAAGGGCAACAGGGACUCAUCAUGCCUGUUAGUCAGAGUGGCAACCUGCUGAUUAAUUCAACCAAUCAGAAUCAAGGCCCAUCUGGUAACCAGCUCCCUCAGGCUCUACUCCUUCCAAAUGGACAGAUUAUCCCUGUGGUAGCUAACCCCCAGACAGGGGUUAAUGGCGGAGGAGGGGUCAUCCAGACUAAUGCUCAGUGGCAGAGCGGGGGCUUACAAGCAGGCGGGGGCCUACAAGGGGGCAGCAUUCAGCAGUCAGGUGCUCCCCAGGGAAACAUAACAGUAUCAGCAGCCCCACCGCGAAUGUCCCUGCCCCCAGGGAUCCAAGGCAGUGUAAUGGCUAACGGAAUGGAUGGAUCCAUUAUGCCUGCAGGACCAAACCCUGGAACAUUAGCGUCCAGUGCUGGACAAAUACAGGUUGGACAGCCUCAGGUGGCAUUCUCCCACCAGUCCUCCAGUAUGGGUUUACUAAUGACAACUGCCUCGAACCUUCCUGGCACGAAUGCUGUGGCCAACUCCUCAGUCUCUCAGCCUCUCUCUGAAGCUGGUCAGACUGGCAACAUGGUUGACGUCAUGGCAACAAACAAAGGAAAAACUUCAUCUGUAACAGCAAGUGGUCAACAAGUUGUUGACCCCAAGCAAGGUCAAGGCCUGUUACGGUUUAGUGACUCGGAUAUGUCUGAUCAGUCCAGAGGGUCACAGGUUAUCGUGAAGUCAACAGGGUCAGCUGGUGUUUUUCCAGCAGUAUCUGAUAGCACCACCAUGCCUUCAACUUCUGGGCCACCAGGGAAUUCUGGGAUACCAGUUGGAAUGCCAGUGCCACCAAGUGGUGGGAUGGGAACCGGAGCCAAUGGGCCAAUACUUCUUACCAUGAAUCUCAAUGGUCAGCCAACCAGUGUUUUAGUUGACCCGACCACCAUGCAAGUGUUGGGCACUGUUCAGAAUCCUCAGCAAGCCCCACCGCAGUCAGUUGCUGGACAAGUCACACCUCCAGGAAAUACUGCACCUAGUAAAAAAAGCAAGAAAAAUUCACAGAGAGCCAUUUGUCCUAAACCCACUGCCAAGAACAAAUCAGGGCGAAGCUCUGAAGGACAGUUGUUUACAAAUGAAGAUGAGGACCAAUCAGAAUUGCCCACACAACCUGUGCUGCCAACAAAAAAAUCAAAGUCUAAGAAAAAUAAAACAUCGAAAGUGGUUUCCACUGCAGCGACCACUACUACUACUACAGAGACUACAACACAAGACGAAAGUGCUACUGACACCACAGAUAUCUUAGCAAAAGCUGCAGAAUCGAUUUUUUCUGCUGAUAUCUCACCUCCUAUUGGUGGAUUUUAUAACCCAGCCAAUGAAGACAAUCCUCUGCAGAUAGACACUAGUGCAGGGGAGACGGAAGAGGAUCCAGAGGCAGGAAGAACACCAAGAAAAGAACCCGCACCAGCAGAUAACAUCGGCGGCAUGCAACAGGUGAAGGAGCUACAUGUGGAAGGAGAUGGCACUGAUAUCCUUCGAGGCAGUCAAACUUUGUCACAUCAAGAAGUCACUGAUGUUUUGGGUGUAGACAUGAUGUUGACUAGUAGGGGCCCUGGUGACAUCCUUACAAACAUUACUACUACUACGUCUAUCCACACAGACCUUGGAAGUCUAGGUGCAGAGAAGUCAACACCUGAUAACAAUGGUGUGUUUUCUCCACCAUCCCAUACAGAAACACCAAAGAAGUCUUCUAAAAAAUCAAAGAAACCAGAAAAGGAAAAAAGUAUUACUCCCGAGAAAACUAAAGUAAAGGCAACUGAAGAUGAAAUUCAAAACACAGUGAAAGAAAUAAUGAACUCGGUAAAAAACAACACCCCUCCACCAGUAACAAAAAAAUCAAAUAAAAAAGCAACGAAGAAGGCAGCAUCUGUGGAAAAGCCUUCGUCAGUGUCAGAAAAAAUAACCGAACCAGUGGAACCCACAGAUUCUGUCAUCGCUUUUCCUGAUACUAUCAUAUUUUCUGAGAAGGAAUUGUCGGAUGUUUUAGACCAGGUGGAGAAUCUCGGUUCUUCCCUAAGUGACAGUUCACAAACAGUGACUCCUCCAAAGAAAAGUAAAUCAAAGAAAAAUAAGGGAGAUAACUUGCUUAGUGAUAGUGAACCAGCAAGCAAGAAACAGAGAAAGGGAUCAACACGAGAGAAAAAUAAAUCAUCCGCUGUCACGGAGAAUGUUAGUGGAAAGUCAUCAAUGUCUGUGUAUGAUUUUGAAGAGGAUGGACAGGAGGAAUUUUCAUCACCGCUACGAUCACUCCAGACAAAACGUAGUUCUUCUGCUAUUAGUAACACUCCAGUCUCAAUUGAUUCAUUAAUUAAAAGUGCUUCAUCAGCGCCUGUCAGUGUUUCUAGUGUGUCUCCAUUGAGAGAACAUUUACCAUUCUCAACGCGGGGUUGUGCUAGUGAAGGACACCUAUUUCCCUCCCCCAAUCAAGUCAAUUUCACAUCUGCAUCCCAAGAUGCAUCAUCAGAAUUUCCCGAUUCUGCGAUGACAGAGAGGCCUCUUUUUGAUACUCAGUUACCUCCACCAAAGGAAAAGAAAUCGAAAAAACGCUCAAAGUCCAAAAAAGCAAACAAAUCUCAGACACCAGAUACUGCAGACAGAACUUUACCUGAAAAGGAUGUGUUAGAAUCUCAAAAGCAAUCAACAGUGCCAGAAAAAACCAGUGACGACCCUUUAACUCCUUCAAACAGAUUCAAACAUACAGACUUUGACGAGUUUGAAACUAAAAAGAAGGAAAAUGAUAUUGAAAAGAUGGAUAUUGAUUUACUGGAGAAAAGUCCCGAGCAAUCAACAAACAAGAAAAGUGAGAAUGAAUGUUUGGGUCUAGAAACUAAUACGAAUGACACAAGUCUUUUGUCAUGUGUUCAGAACAGUGUGAUAAUGGACGAACAAUUGGCUCCCAGUGUGCCACAAAGGGAUCCGUCCCCGCCAAACUCACUGAGUGACUCUGUUGCUCUUACGGAUCCUGUCCACAUUUCUACACACUCCUUGGCUUCUUCGGAGAAUUCAGAUAUAGACAACACAAUGAACAGCAUACUCGGUCUUUCUGCUGCCGCAUCACUGUCUCCACACAUUAUAUCGCCAGGGCAACAACAGCCUGUUCAUCAUGUGCGGGUCAGCUCACCACAACUUCAAACCCCCAAAUCUACUUCCCCUGUGUCAAUGACAUCACCUCAGCAGCAAUCGCUACAGCAUCCAGUGUUGAUAUCUGUUGCUAGUAGUGACCCACUUGUUUCUCGUGCCUCUUCUGUUACCUCGUGCUCCUCCAUGACAAAUUUCUCAUCACCAGGUGAUUUACCGUACUCAGCAGAGUCCCUGUUUAAUCCACCAUCUGACAAGCCAACCAUUUCUUCUGCAACAAAACCUACCACCCUGGCUAUUUCUAGACAGGAUAGUGAUAAAACAACUCACUCCUUGUUUGAAAAAUCUCCCAUGGGAUCAAAAGCACGAAAUGGCAUCUUUUCAGCAGAUAACUUUGUACAGACAAACAAAGAUGAAGGAUUACGAACUGAUAAACCAGCCAAUCAAGUUAACGUGAUAAGUCCUCCUUUAUCAAGCUCUUUAAGUCGUAUAGGUAAUGAAAAUAGCUCAGAUGCUUUCAAUUUUGCUAGUAUAGGUCUAAAUUUAGCAACACCUACAACAUCUACAACUUCUAUUAUUGAUAGUCUAAAUAUGUCUUCAAUCAUAUCCACGAUAGCCAACACAUCGGUCACGACGUCAUCCUUCACAUUUACACUAUCAUCUGUUACAUCAACAUCAACAACCUCUAGUGCUGGAAUGACGUCACAUGACAAUCACCAAAGUGUUCAUCCAUAUCCUUUUUAUUCGCCUCAGUCUCAUCAUCAUUUGCCAUCGUCAUCUAAUGUGUCAAAUCUUCUGAGUAAUACAAAUCAACAACAGGAACAACAGCAGCAACAACAGCAGCAACAACAACAACAGCCAUCACUAACCAUGCCAAACUUUGAUAUCGAUCUUAGUAAUAACGUUACAUCUCAUUUGGGACAUCAACAGAAACGAACAUCAAAUGAGACUGUACCGCCACCUCAUAAUCAGAGCAGUCAGUCACAGUUGUUCUACGGUAUGUCAGGUGGCAAUCGCCCCAGUUGUUCAGUUCAGAACCAGCAAAGGGAACCACAAGAACAACCACCAAUGAUUCCUAAUAUCACGGUAAGUUCACAUAACCCUAUCAGCAAAUCUCAGUCGGAACAGAUUCAUAAUACUCAUAAACGGAUGCAGGAGUUAGGUCAGAGUUCAGUGCGGAGUGGACAACCUCCAGCCAAGACUAGUAACACCGACCAUCGAGGGAGUGAACUUGGGGCAAUGGAACGCCAAUUUAAUGUUAAACAGUCUAAUGCUGAUCCCCGUGGUAACGACUUGAAUACCAUGGACAGGCAAUUCAAUCUCAAGUCCUCUGGACAGGAUCCUAGAACAAAUGAUCUAAGUGCGUUGGACAGACAAUUUAAUAUUAAAUCCUCAAAUCCAGAUCCUAGAACAAACGAUCUAAGUGCAAUGGAUAGGCAAUUUAACAUUAAAUCGUCUAAUCCUGAUCCUCGAGGAACUGAACUUGCUAAUAUGGAAAGACAACAAUUUAGUAUGAAUAAUGUCCAGCCGUUUUUUACUCCCCCAAAUUUUUCUAAUGCUGGUUCACAGUCGAUGAACACCCAUCCUCUGCGUCACCCGCCCUUGAACUCUGUUGAGGAAAGGUCGGGUUUACCAGGUGCCCGUGCCUAUGAACCUAUAUUCUCCCCGCACUCACAGGGGUUUAACCCAGCAUCGCAGGGUUUUGGUGGAAGUCGAUAUGAAUCUAAUGUAAUGUUUCCUCACCAGAGGGAAAGUUCUGGUGUUGUGGUAGGAAAUCAACCCCUCAGUCACACACCACCGAUUCAAACCGAUGGUCGCAAGUCAGCGAAUUCACAAAGUUCUAGUGCCAAAUCAAACAAACAGAAUAGCAGUCAACAGUCACAACACUCACAGCAGCCAAGAUCCAUGAGUGGCCCACCACCUCAUACUGUUCCCACUCCUCCACAUCAUCCUCCUUCCCACAGACCAACGCCCCCUCAAGCUUCCUCACAACCUCCACCAUCACAUCAGUCGCAAGUGUCUCAUUCACGACAGCAGAAAAGUGCUUCACGUUCAAAACAAUCACAGAAAAAAAGUAAACAACAGCAACAGUUGUAUAGUGAAAUGGAGAAUCCUUAUCAACACGCCAUGUUUGAUGCUAACAGGAGUUUGACACCGUUCUUUGGACUUCCUCCGCAGAAUCUCUCACCACCUGCACGGAAUAUGCAGAAUGAAGGGCCAGGGCUGUUUGCAGCAAAUCUAUUUGCCGCAGGGCCUCGACACACAGCUACUGCCUCUAUGCCAAAGAAUGCAGAAAUAAGCACUCCAUAUAAUCCUUUGUUUCCUACUGGGCGACCCCAGAAUGGCCUUGGUUUGAACUUUCAACCUGGAUUCGGUAUGAACACUGUUCAUGGUGCGAUGUCGAAUGCCCCAUCAAUAACUCCACACUCCGGUAGUGUAACUGUUACCCCUCAUAUGUCCAAUUUUAGUUUGACAAAUAUUUUCUCGGAUGUGAACAAUUCUUCGCAAAAUGAUUCAUUAAAUAUUUCACCAAUCAAAUUUCCUCAUUCGAACUCGAUAAUGCCCCAUCAGAGUAUGGAUCCAAAUGCCCUGCAGCAUCCUCAUCACCAGGGAGGUCCUAUAUAUCAUCCUCAUAACAGGACACACCCCCCUCCUCCCGUACUUCACAAUGCUAUGAGUAUAAAUAGUAUUCUCGGCCAGCAUCAUCACAGUUUUGAGACGCGAGGCGUGCCCCAGGGUAUGAACGCGUCCGGCCCUACUUUCCACGGUCCAGGUCACCCUCCAUCAUUUGCUAUGCCACCAUUAAACUUUUCUAUGCAUGACCCAUGA